UUUUACCGUCGUGCUGACACUCGUCUGCUUGUGGUACUCUAUAUUUAUCCCAUUAUUUGACUCUGCUCUAUGCUUAACAUACAAAAUGCCGUGAUAUUUCACACAAGGGUUGAAUAAACAAGUUGGCAAUCAAUGGCCUCGUGGGCUACGACAGUUUUCACUGCAAAUUAUUUUCUUCCUCGGUUAUCGACUGUUGUUACUGCUUCUGCUUCACCCUCGAGUUUCGAAAAUGGUGCAUUCAAAGUUUUGGGUCGAUUAAGAAGCGGGGUAUUCGGCCUGUUGGCCACUCAGAGGGAGUCAGUAGUGAGGACUUGUGUGUUUGGGUCAAAAGAUCGAAAGCCUCGGUUGCUAAUCCAUCAGGAAUUUCGGGAGGAGCCUGAUGAUGGAAGUGGCAGCGACUACGAAGAAGAAGGAGAGGAAAUGGGGAAAAAUGAUUUGGAUUUCGAAAGUGAUUGGGAAGACGAAAGAGGAAACGCCAUGGCUAUGGUAAUCUCCGUUGAAGAGCCCACGACGAAUCCGUACGAAGAGGACUUGCCACAGAGGUGGAACAGCUCUUGGGGCCAGAAGAAAGAGCAAUUUUCCAAAAGAAUGUGAUUCCUAACCUUGGCAAUUUAUCAACGG